CUUGUGUGGGUGGGAGCGGGGAGAAGAAGGAAUUGAAAACAUAUUAGAAAGCAUCUCUUAAAUAAUUAUAAUCACUCAUCUACAUCAGAAAGAUAUCUACAAUAGUCUUUUGUCUCCUUGGUCAAAGAAAAUCUCUCUGUCCCUAGACACAUGACCAAACUGUUUUUUGUUUGGUUUGGUUUUUUGUUUGUUUGUUUGUUUGUUGUUGUUGGCUCUUGUGUUCGAGAUCUGAAUUCAUUGUCUGGCUCAAAACUGACCAUGAAGAGCAGGUUAGACUGGAACUCAUAGUUCUACCCACCUCUGUCUCACCUUGGCUGACAUUAAAAGUGUACACCAACACAACCUUUAUAACUUGUUUUAUUUUCUGGUGUGUUGACAGCCAGCGGUGUGACUGUGGACUUCUCCCAGGAGGAGGGGCAAUGCCUGGACCCUGCCCUGAAGGCUUUGUACAGAAACUGGAUGUUGCAGAAUUGCAGCAUUCUGGUUUCUGUGGGUGAGAACAGUUUGCCUGCACUCUCCCUUGCUCCUCCUUGGAUUUCUUGACACACAAAGCUGCAAGUGUGUGUGUCCCUUUGAGAGAUGUGAAGCUUCUUGGGUCUAUGAUAAAUUCAGAAUGUCAGAAGUGUAUGAUAUUUUCAUCCCAAUCAUUCAGUCCCAUUUCUGUCCCUGAGAUUUGACUGAGCUGUAAGUGGAAGUGGCAUUCAAGUUACGCUACUAACUGAAAAUGCUUUCUAAUUGUCCUCAGUAUUCUGACAUUACAUCACAAUUGGGGAAUCACUUGUAUGAUGCUGUAUUUAGUUUUCUCUUUAUCCACUGAGCACAAUACUGUGUAAGAAAUCCAGGUGCUUCCUGAACAAUCUCUUUCUCAUGUGCAGGGCUCACUGGUCACCCAGACCUGCUCACAAAGUGGCCUGGGAGGAGAGAGGAGACAGUAGCUAAGGGUCCAGGGCAGCAAGUCAUCUAUUCCUUGUUCCUGAAGGAGAAACUCAAAGAAAAGAAACAGAAAGAAAUGGCUGAUUCUCCAGUAAACAUGUCCCAGGGUCUGUUGACAUUCAGGGAUGUGACUGUGGACUUCCCCCAGGAGGAGUGGGAAUGCCUGGACUCUGCUCAGAGGGCUUUGUACAUUGAUGUGAUGUUGGAGAAUUACAGCAACCUGGUCUCUGUGGAGAACUUUUACAUAUGUGAUCCUGUCCAUCAACAUGUGAAGACUGAAAAGGAGUCUUGUCAGUAUUAUGAGCUUGGCAAAGUGCUUCAUGACCCCUCCACAAGUGCAUUUUAUAAAUCAAGUGAAACUAUAGAAAAUGCUAAUAACAGCAGAUGCAGUAAUCACAGGGAUGCCUCUAUUGACUCGUCAAAUCCACAUAGACUUGAACACAUGCUCCCUGGAGAAGAACCUUGCAAAUCUAAAAACUGUGAGAAAUCUUUAAAUUUGUGUUGCAACAUUACUCAAGAUCAGAGACUCUUCACUGCAAAGAAGGAGCACAGGCAGGGAGAAGAUGAUGACUAUUUCAGCUCUGCUUACAGUCUUUUGCAACAACCAAUCUACAUUGAAGAGACACCACACCAAUGUGAGAAAUGUGGGAAAUGCUUCAGAACUGGCUCACACCUCUCUGUACAUCAGAGAAUUCAUACUGGAAAAAAACUUUACAAGUGCAACAGUUGUGAUAAAUCCUAUAACCAGUGGGCAAAUCUUAAAACACAUCAAAGAAUUCAUACUGGGGAGAAACUUUACAAAUGCAAAGAAUGUGGAAAGUUGUUUACUCAGGCCUCAGCACUUAAAAGCCAUCAGAAAACGCAUACAGGAGAAAAGCCUUACAAAUGUAAGGAAUGUGAUAAGUCCUUUGCCCACUGUUCCAGUUUCAGGAGACAUCAGAAAAUCCAUACUGAUGAGGAACAUUGUAGUUGCCAAGAGUGUGGCAAGGUCUUUCAUCAGCUUUCACAUCUUAAGAGCCACUACAGGCUCCAUAGUGGAGAGAAGCCUUACAAAUGCAAUGAGUGUGGUAGAUCCUUUCCCCACUAUUCCUCUCUUAAAUGGCAUCAGAAAACUCAUUCUCUAGAGACAUUUUAUAAAUGCAAAGAAUGUGGUAAGUCCUUUCUAGAAAUAUCACAUCUUAACAGGCAUUACAGAAUCCAUACUGGUGAAAAACCUUACAAGUGUGAGGUAUGUGACAAAUCUUUUACUGUGAAUUCAACUCUUAGAACACAUCAGAAAAUUCAUACUGGAGAGAAAUCUUACAAAUGUAGGGAAUGUGACAAAUCCUUUACCCGGGACUCACAUCUUAGAAGACAUCAGAGUGUUCAUACUGGAGAGAGACCUUACAGUUGUAAAGAAUGUGGCAAAUCUUUUACUACAUGCACAUAUCUUAGAGAACAUCAGAAAAUUCAUACUGGAGAAAAACCUUACAAAUGUGGAGAGUGUGACAUGUCUUUUAUCCAGCGUUCAAAUCUUAGAACACAUCAGAGAGUCCAUACUAGAGAGAAACCUUACAGAUGUAAGGAAUGUGGCAAAUCUUUAACUACAAGCUCAACUCUUAGAGAACAUCAGAAAAUUCAUACUGGAGAGAAACUUUACAAAUGUAUGGAAUGUGACAAAUUCUUUACUCAUAACUCACAUCUUAGAACACAUCAGAGAGUUCAUACUGGAGAGAGACCUUACACUUGUCAGGAAUGUGACAAAUCUUUUACUACAUGCUCAUAUCUUAGAGCACAUCAGAAAAUUCAUACUGGAGAGAAACUCUACAAAUGCAAAGACUGUGACAUGUCCUUUCUCCAAAUUUUUAGUCUUAAAAUACAUCAGAAGACUCAUACUGGGGAGAAAUCUUACAAAUGUAAAGAUUGUGACCUAUCUUUUAAUCAGAGAUCAGAUCUUAGAAGACAUCAGAAACUUCAUACUGCAGAGAAACCUUACAAAUGUCCGGAAUGUGACAAAUCUUUUACCUACAUGUCAAAUCUUAGAACACAUCAGAGUGUUCAUACUGGAGAGAGACAUUACAGAUGUAAGGAAUGUGACAAAUCUUUUACUAGUUGCUCUUAUCUUAGAGCACAUCAGAAAAUUCAUACUGGAGAGCAACUUCACAAAUGCAAAGACUGUGGCAUAUCCUAUAUCCACCUUUCAAAUCUUAGAAGACAUCAGAGAAUUCAUACUGAAGAGGAAAAUACUGUUGUAAAUCAUGUGACAUAGCAUUUAUAUGGUAUUCUCUACUUACAAGCCCCAAGAGUAUACAUUAUAGAAACAAAGACAAGAAAUUUGUGAAAGCCUUUAAUGAAGUUUUAAAUCUUACAAAAUAUCACAGUUUAUAUUCAAAUAAAAUUCUGCAAUAGUAACUGUGAAUUACUUUUAAUUUGUGUGGGUGCUUUGUCUACACGACUUUCUGGGCACUGUAUGUUUGUCUGUUGCCUGUUGAGGCCAGAAGAGGGCAUCACAUUCCCUGAAGCUGGAGUUCCAGACAGUUGUGAGCUAUUAUAUGUGUUGAAAAUUGAACACAGUGCUCCUCUGGAAGAGGAACCAGUGCUCUUAACCUCCAAACCAUUUAUGCAGCCCCUGGGAAUAGCUGUAAUAAAAAACAUUUAUCUUGUUCAACAUCCAAGAAUCAAUAAUAAUACUAGGCAUGGUGCUGCAUGUCUUUAAUCCCAGCACUCAGGAGGCAAAAGAAUAAAGAUCUCUUGAGUCUGAGGCCAUCCUGGGCUACAUAGUGAGUUCCAAGAGUGCCAGGACUACAUAGACUCUGUCUCAAAAGAAUAAUAAUGACAAAAUUACUAACAAAGGAUGUGACAAACUCUUUUUUUUUGUUCUGUGUAUGUCUCUGUGUAUAUAUAAUAUUGUUUUUGGCGUGUCCCGGCACAAAGUGUAGAUGUGGCACAUAUAGAAGAGAAAAUUGGGAAAACAGAAAGGCAGUCAGGAGACAGCUGCCGCCAUGAGUAACAUGUUAAAAUGUUUACAUGUAAAAUAUUGGUAAGCCCUGAGCCAUGUGGCAAGGUAUAGAUUUAUAGAAAUGGGUUAAUUUAAGAUGUAAAAACUAGAUAACAAAAAGCCUGCCACUGCCAUACAGUUUGUAAACAAUAUAAGCCUCUGUGUGUUUAUGUGGUUGGGUCUGAGCAGCUGUGGGACUGGUGAGUGAGAAAGAUUUGUCCUGACUCUGGGCCAGGCAAGACUGGAAAAAAAAAUUCUGACUACAGAUUUCCUUCUAAAUGUGCUGUACAUCACAAAAUUCAUAGUUGUGAGAAACCAUAAAAGGUACACCAUAUAUAAUCCCUAUAUCUUGUUGUUCAUUGUAAAUUACAGUCACCAAAUGCAUUGAAUUUAUAAAAUCCUUGACCCAUAAAAAAAAAAAACACAAGAAAAUGUUCUAGUAAAGUCUCAUUUUUUGUUUUCUUUCAAAAAUCUUAUGCUAGUGUCAAACCUUGCAAAUAGCAGAAGGUGAGAAACUGUAAAAGAGAGAAGCUGUGCAUGUGACAUCACAGGCAUGACACUAACAGUUUAGAAAUCCCCAAAAACUCUGGAUGGUGGUCCCUGCCUUUGUUGUAGGAAUUUAGCAGAAUCACUGUAAGGGGUAAAUAUUAAAACAAUGAACAGCUAUUUUAUAGGAGUACUUUGACCUAGAAGAAUCCUUGUGGAAAAUAGUGAUUAUUUGCUGAAGGGGCAUUGCAGCCAUCGCAUAACUUUGCUCACAAGAUACCUUAGACACACCUGAGGCUCUUGUAUUAUUGUAUAUUGCAAACAAUACAUAAUAAAGGACAAGAGUCAUGGGGGCAUGUGAUGCUCUGUUUUAGUAAGACAUAAAUUAGAUUAUAGAUCUUGGUAUGAGGAAAUACUUUGUAUAACUUUCAAUCAAUAUGCCUUAACAUGGCUGUUCAGGGUUAAGUCAAUCAGAUGAGGUCGGACCUUCCUGCUGUCAUACAGGCCUUAAAAUUUCAUGCCUUCUUUCUUCAACUGACCCAUGCUACAGGAUAUGCCCCAGCAUUUGGUGACCAUGGUGUAGGGUGUGAGGAAAGAAGUGUCCAGACCCCCCAAGACUGGAAGUAACAUAUGUCCAUAGUAGUAGUUGAGAUUACAGGAUAAGGCAGGAACAUGGAGAAUUUAAAUUCUCCCUCUCAAGUGUGGCAACAAAUAAAAUGGCUCCUGAGACAAAGGGUAAAUCCAGGAAAAAGAAUCUUCCCAGUAGAGAAAGAAAAAAGAAAGGAAG